CUGUUGCUGAAGUUCAUGGAUUUACACUGACUUCUCGGGCUUCUCUUUACCUUUAUUGUCACGCCAUUCUUGAGUGAAAGGAUGUGAGGAUAAACGAACACAUCCGUCGCACUACUCUCUUUGAAGCCCACAAGCGAUUUUAUGAUCACUCUGCCUUGAAUGUAAUAAUCACCUCAGCCAAGAAUCAUUUCAGCACUGCAGCACUGUCGACGUUCGUCAGCUGCGUUCUGAAAUGUUGAGGGAUCAUCAAAUCUGAAUCUCCCAAGUCCUCCAACAACAACCAACAACAACCAGGCCAGGUUCGCAGAUUAAAGACUGCUUUUCAUUCCAUGCCACAACAAAGAGAUAUCGCAUUCUGGGCUACAGAUAACCCACCCUUUCACCAGCCCGGAUUGAUAUUGAAGAUGGGAAUCCACUUCUAAGCCUGAUACUCUACAUCCUCGUACCGAAGGCGACCAGCUUUAGGCAUUUUCGCGAGUAAACGUCAGAUUCAAAAGAGAUUCUCAAGAUGGACUCAGAGUCAGAUUUUUACGGCGAUGAAGAGACCGUUUCGGUCCUGGAGGACCGCGUCGCCAACUUCGACGUCGUGUCUUGGUGGGAUCGCCACCGUCCCAUGGCAAGCUACAUCCAGCAGACGGCGCGAAACCUAAGCGCAGGACCAGCCCCUGGCUGCCUGUACAACAAGUACGAAGGCGAGCCCGGGGCCCGGCAACUCUCUGAGUCCGUGGACGACUUCCUCGCCCGACUCCCGCCCGCCACAACCGACUGGCGCCCAGGACUCGACUGGAUCUUCAUUGCCAACCCUUACGAGCCGCCGGGCCCGGGCGCCGCACUGGACCGAUUUAUGGCAGGCGGGGAGGAGCGACUCCAGCUCCUCGAGGCCUUCGAGAACAUGGUCACCGCAAGCAGCGCAGGCGGGAUGGCCGGCAGGUCGCUCGCGAAGCUUCAGAAGGACGUUGCCAAGGAGCGGCGGGCGGCGGUGGAAGACCUGCGGCAGCUCGCGGUGGUGUGCAACGUCGUCUUGGGGAAGUGGAUGCUGUUUCCGGAGCCGGGGAGCGUGAAUAGUGUCUGGGCCAAGGUCGCGAGGGCCACGGCCAAUAAUGAGCUUGGAGUUUCGGCCAAGGUCGAGACGAGGGUUGACUCCCAGAAGGCGAGGCUGAUCUGCGUGUACACGCGAGACUUCAGGGACAAGGACGAUGUGGCAAGGGUGCUGAAUCGGUUGAGGCAGCUUGAGCUGGUGAGCCCUGGCGGAAAGCAGAUUUACUACAAAUCCGAUGCCUGGACCCAUCUUGGGAUUUACGGGGGAAAUCGCUGGGGCAUUCAGGCAUCCAUGUACUCGUCCAACGAGCUAUUCGCCUACAUCAGGACCCUGGCCUCACGCCGUCCGUGAGCGUCCGGACCGGGAGCCAGAGUCUUGGUUUUUCGGGAAGGGAUGCUCAAGAUA